GUUUAUGUAUAUAUAUCCAUGAGGGUUGCGGUGUGAAGGUGCAAGUUUUUGGUAGCAUUUUUAUAAGCAAUGGAGAAACACCCAUCGCUGCAAGUCAUGCUUGGUAGAGAUGACAAUAUUGGGGAUAAAGCUGACAUGGUUGUUCAGGUCAAGGGCACUCUGGAUCAACUCUUGGAUUCCCCUGCCAUCCUCAACAUGGAAGCAGAGCAAAGCAGCGAACUUCUUUCCAUCUACAAAAUACCAUUCUUCAUGACACAAACUCAUCCCAAAGCUUACGAGCCGCGGGUGGUGUCAUUGGGCCCAUACAACCACGGGAAGCAACAUCUGUCACCCAUGGAGCUGGAGAAGCUAAAACUGUUCUACUCUUUUAAAACCCGAUGUCUGUUGGACGUUGAAUCCAUUGUGAAGGGUGUGUCCACCAUUUUGGAUGAGCUCAUGGAAUCAUACGAUAAGCUUGAGGAAGAAUGGACGGAAGACCCCGGCAAGUUCUUGCAGCUCAUGAUUGUGGAUGGGUGUUUCAUGCUGGGAUUCUUAAUCAACUGCCCCGACUCUCUAAUUAAUGUCAGUCCGGAUAUAAAACAGGACAUGCUGCUGCUUGAGAAUCAGCUACCCAUGCUGCUUCUUGAGAAGCUGUAUUCUAUAGCAGCCCGUAAUGUACAACUACCUCAGCAGGAUCUGCAAAAACUGGUUUCCAAUUGGUUGAACAUCCCCCGGAAUGAGGUAAUGAAAGACUGCUUGCACAUUUUGGAGAUGUAUAAGGAAUCGUUAUUGCAUCCUCCGAUUGACCGGACGGACUGGAGCGUGGAGCUUGACCAUUCAGAUCCGGAGAGUCAGGUGAUUCCGCCGGCAACGAAGCUUCGUGAAGCGGGGAUCAAAUUCAAGAGGAGCAAGACAGAUAGCCUUACGGACGUGUUUUUCGAUGCAAAAGGAGGCGUGUUGUGGCUGCCGCAGUUGAUGGUGGACGACGACACGGAAUCCACGUUGUUGAAUGUGAUGGCGUUCGAGAAACUCCACAUGAAGGCUGGACGCAGAGUGACGUCUUUCGUGAUCUUGAUGAGUAAUCUGAUAGACGAUGAGAGAGAUGUGGCGGUGCUGGCGGGCGAGAAGGUAUUGGCAAAUGCGGUUGGGAAUGAUAAAGAAGCGGCGGGUUUGUUCAAUCGGCUGGGGAGUGGGGCGGCUAUGGGCUUGGAUACCCACAUGGCUGGGGUGCACAAGAAGGUGAAUGAGCAUUGCAACCAGCCCUGGAAUGAACGCUGCGCAACUCUGAAACACGACUACUUUCAAAGCCCAUGGACUAUCAUCUCCUUAUGCGCUGCUAUUUUUGGUUUCAUCAUCCUGAUUCUCCAGGCCAUCUACCAGUUUCUUGAUUACUACCUCAAGCCCUGAUUCCUUUUGCUUCUCUUUUUUUUCUUUUCUUUUAAUAACAUUUGAGUGUACGGAUGUUGUGUGUUUUUUUUUCGUUUUUAAUUGUGGGAAUAUACACCUUUCGUGAAAAAAAGUCUGUUAUUUUAUGGAUAUGUGGAAUGCCUAUGUUACAUUACAUCA